AUGCUGAGGCCUGAGAUCCCACCAACCUCGCCUAUUGUCCCUGCGGUUUCCCCCUCCUCAGUAGAGGCUCGGUCCCAGGGUCCCCGCUACAAUUUCGGACUCCAGGAGACUCCUCAGAGAUGUCCUUCAGCCGAGGCCGCCUCUUCGUCUUCCCCUCCAGGCACGUCUGGAGCGGCGGGCGACCGGAGCGGCAGCAGCAGCCUCCCUCGGCACCCGCCCAGCGCGCGGCCAGCUCAAGGUUCAUACUUUACAAACAAAAGAUCUUAUGCAGAAAACACACUUGCAUCACAUUUUACUCUCGGUACAAGCUCAUCCUCUGUGGGAGAUAGUAAUUAUCCUCAAAUACUAAAAACUCCAUUAUCUGCUGGAAAUCCCCAGAGACCAGGUUAUAAAAGUUGGACACUGCAAAUGGAAUAUUCAGCUACAUCCUCAUCUGCAGUUUCUGCACACUCUCCAUCAGUUAUUGUAGCUGUUGUAGAAGGGAGAGGACUUGCCAGAGGUGAAAUAGGAAUGGCAAGUAUUGAUAUAAAAAGCCCACAAAUUAUAUUAUCUCAGUUUGCAGACAACACAACAUAUGCAAAGGUGAUCACUAAACUCAAAAUUUUAUCACCUUUGGAAAUAAUAAUGUCAAAUACUGCUUGUGUUGUGGGGAAUUCAACCAAGUUGUUUACUCUCAUCACAGAAAAUUUCAAGAACGUUAAUUUCACUACUAUCCAAAGGAAAUACUUCAAUGAAACAAAAGGAUUAGAGUACAUUGAACAACUAUGCAUAACAGAAUUCAACACUGUCCUAAUGGAGGUUCACUCCAAGUAUUACUGCCUUGCAGCUGUUGCAGCUUUAUUAAAAUAUGUUGAAUUUAUUCAAAAUUCAGUUUACGCACCAAAAUCGCUGAAGAUUUGUUUCCAGGGUAGUGAACAGACAGCUAUGAUAGAUUCAUCAUCAACCCAAAACCUUGAAUUAAUAAUUAAUAAUCAAGACUCUAGGAGCAAUCACACACUCUUUGGUGUUCUAAAUUACACUAAGACUCCUGGAGGAAGUAGAAGACUUCGUUCUAAUAUAUUAGAACCUCUAAUUGAUGUUGAAACCAUUAACAUGAGGUUAGAUUGUGUUCAAGAACUGCUUCAAGAUGAGGAACUCUUUUUUGGACUUCAGUCAGUUAUAGCAAGAUUUCUUGAUACAGAGCAGCUUCUUUCUGUUUUAGUCCAAAUUCCAAAGCAAGACACGAUUAAUGCAGCUGAAUCAAAGAUAACAAAUUUAAUAUACCUAAAACAUACCUUGGAACUCGUGGAUCCUUUAAAGAUUACUCUGAAGAACUGUAACACACCUUUAUUAAGAGCUUACUAUGGUUCCUUGGAAGAUAAGAGGUUUGUAAUCAUACUUGACAAGAUUAAAACAGUAAUUAAUGAUGAUGCAAGAUACAUGAAAGGAUGCCUGAACAUGAGGACUCAGAAGUGCUAUGCAGUGAGGUCUAACAUAAAUGAGUUUCUUGACAUAGCCAGAAGAACAUAUACAGAGAUUGUAGAUGACAUAGCAGGAAUGAUAUCACAGCUUGCAGAAAAAUAUAGUCUUCCUUUAAGGACAAGUUUUAGCUCUGCUCGAGGAUUUUUCAUUCAGAUGACUACAGAUUGUACAGCCCUACCCAAUGAUCAGCUUCCUUCAGAGUUUAUUAAGAUUUCUAAAGUGAAAAAUUCUUACAGCUUUACAUCAGCAGAUUUAAUUAAAAUGAAUGAAAGAUGCCAAGAGUCUUUGAGAGAAAUCUAUCACAUGACUUACAUGAUAGUGUGCAAACUGCUUAGUGAGAUUUAUGAACAUAUUCAUUGCUUACAUAAACUGUCUGACACUGUGUCAAUGCUGGAUAUGCUACUGUCAUUUGCUCAUGCCUGCACUCUUUCUGACUAUGUUCGGCCAGAGUUUACUGAUACUUUAGCAAUCAAACACGGGUGGCACCCCAUACUUGAAAAAAUAUCUGUGGAAAAACCUGUUGCCAACAAUACCUAUAUUACAGAAGGGAGUAAUUUUUUUAUCAUAACUGGACCAAAUAUGAGUGGGAAAUCCACAUAUUUGAAACAGAUUGCUCUUUGUCAGAUUAUGGCCCAGAUUGGAUCAUAUGUUCCAGCAGAAUAUGCUUCCUUUAGAAUUGCUGAACAGAUUUUUACAAGAAUAAGUACUGAUGAUGAUAUUGAAACAAAUUCAUCAACAUUUAUGAAGGAAAUGAAAGAGAUAGCAUAUAUUCUACAUAAUGCUAAUGACAAGUCACUCAUAUUAAUUGAUGAACUUGGCAGAGGUACUAAUACAGAAGAAGGUAUUGGCAUUUGUUACGCUGUUUGUGAAUAUCUGCUGAGCUUAAAGGCAUUUACACUGUUCGCUACACAUUUCCUGGAACUAUGCCAUAUAGGUGUUCUAUAUCCUAAUGUAGAAAACGUGCAUUUUGAAGUUCAACAUGUAAAGAACACCUCAAGAAAUAAAGAAGCAAUCUUGUAUACCUACAAACUUUCUAAGGGACUUACAGAAGAAAAAAAUUAUGGAUUAAAAGCUGCAGAGGUGUCGUCACUCCCACCAUCAAUUGUCUUGGAUGCCAAAGAAAUCACAAGUCAAAUAACCAGACAAAUUUUGCAAAGCCAAAGGAGUACCCCUGAGAUGGAAAGACAGAGAGCUGUGUACCAUCUAGCUACUAGGCUCGUUCAAACUGCUCGAAACUCUCAAUUGGAUCCAGACAGUUUACGAACAUAUUUAAGUAAUCUCAAAAAGAAGUAUGAAGCAGAUUUUCCUAGGGCUAAACAAGUUUCAGGAAACACUGAAGAAUAA